UUCAUAUAGAAACAGUCGCGCGGUGGUGAGGUCACAAUAGCGCUCGGCAGCCUCGCCAUUUUGCUGCUUCUUUGUGCCACUCGGGACUUUUUGCGCCUUUUCAAUCCGGUCCGGAGCCAUGCAGGGGAACAGAGGCCCAGCGCAGCAGAACCACGGGCCCAACCGCCCGGGGGAGCAGAAGAAGCCCGGCGGCGGCGGCACCAACACCAACGGCCAGCAGCCGGAGCCGAGCGAGACCAACCCCAACGAGGCCUUGACCCUGGACCUGCAGAGCUUCAGGAAGCCCGGGGAGAAGACCUUCACCCAGCGGAGCAGGCUGUUCGUGGGGAACCUCCCCACCGGGGUCACCGAGGAGGACCUGGAGAAGCUGUUCGCCAAGUACGGCAAGGCCAACGAGAUCUUCAUCAACAAGGAGAGAGGCUUCGGCUUCAUCCGGCUGGAGACCAGGAUCAUCGCAGAGAUCGCCAGAGCCGAGCUGGAUGACACCCCCUUCAGAGGCAGGCCCAUACGGGUGAGGUUUGCGACCCACGGGGCCGCUUUGACUGUGAAAAACCUGCCAGACUUUGUGUCCAACGAGCUCCUGGAGGAGGCCUUCGCCGUGUUCGGGCAGAUAGAGAGAGCCGUGGUCAUAGUGGAUGACCGGGGGAGGCCCACGGGGAAGGGGAUAGUGGAGUACACCUCGAAGCCGGCUGCCAGGAAGGCUUUGGAUAAGUGCAGCGAUGGAGCCUAUCUUCUCACGGCGUUCCCUCGCCCCAUCACGGUGGAGCCGAUGGAGCAGUGCGAUGAAGAAGAGGGGCUGUCAGAGAAGCUCAUCAACAAGAACCAGCAAUAUCACAAAGAGCGCGAGCAGCCGCCCCGGUUCGCCCAGCCCGGCUCCUUCGAGUACGAGUACGCCAUGCGCUGGAAGGCCCUGAUGGAGAUGGAGAAGCAGCAGUACGAGAUGGUGGACCGCAACAUGAAGGAGGCCCAGGAGAAGCUGGAGGCGGAGAUGGAGGCGGCCAGGCACGAGCAUCAGGUGAUGCUGAUGAGGCAGGACCUGCUGAGGCGGCAGGAGGAGCUGCGGAGGAUGGAGGAGCUCCACAGCCAGGAGGUGCAGAAGAGGAAACAGGCCGAGCUCCGGCAGGAGGAGGAGCGCCGGAGGAGAGAGGAGGAGAUGAGGAUGCGCAACGAGGAGAUGAUGAAGAGGCAGCAGGAGGGCUUCAGAGGCAACUUCCCUGAAAACAGGGAGCAAGACAUGAGGAUGCACAUGGGCAAUCACGGCAUGCCCAUGAACAGAAACUCGCUGGGCAGCAGCGCCGGUUCUGCCGGUACUCCCAGCAUGGCGGCCGAGAAUGCUCCGAUGAUGCCUGGAGCGGGAAACAACAACAUGCCCGGAGGAGGCCAGGGCGGCUUCCCCAGGGGCCUCCCGGGGCCCGGAGACUAUAACAAACAACGCAGAUUUUGAAUCAAAUGUCUGUUUCUCCCCUUUUCAUACUCACUGUAUUUUAAAGUUCAGGUAGUGAACGUUACUUUUUGAACUUUGACGGCCGAUGCAUGUUUUGUUUUGUUUUUUUCUUUUUGUACAUUUUUAUUUGUUCCUUUUUUUUUUUGAGUUCGUAUUUUUUUAGUACUAAAAUAUCCUAACUCUCCAAAAUGAGCCAUGUCUUUUACUUUUAUUUUUCACCUCUUAAUGUAUUUUUCAUAGGGAUAGAAGAUGUUUUUGUCCUGGAUAUGUUGACUUUUCUGGAAUAAAUUCAUGAUUCCCUAAGAUUUCUCUUUUGACAUUUUAAGAUUUCUAAGUUUUCUUUUCAGAGCAGCCACACGUGUCACCAGCAAACCGAGACACACACACGACUUAGAUCAGUCUUUUUAGUUUAGGAGUACGCUUGAAUGUCAUAUUUGUUGUCGCCCGUGCAGUCAAAGUUAAUAUGAACAGC